AUGAGAGCAGCCCAGAUCGAGAAGGCCAAGCCCGUGAUUGCCUACUGGUGCAAAUUUCACAUAGUAAAUCAGAUCAUCGGGCGGGGUCUUCAUAAUUCCAACGAUGAAAUUAGAAUCUACAUCAUGAAUCUGGUGGAUAAGCUUGAGCAGUUCAAAAGCGAGCAUUCUAGCGAUGAAUUGGUGGUGGAUAGCGUCGCGGCGAGUGCACUGGUCAAGCGCUUUGGGCAAACCGCAGAUAAGUUCCAGGCGGCGACUCUAUUUCUCGAACUACGUCAAAUCUGGGGGGCUCUGGACCCGGAGAUUGCCGGAUGGAUCAAGUUCAGAAAGUAUCAUGCAAAUGGUAAAGAUCUCAAUGCGACGAAUCCUGUUCCAGAAGUGGAAGAACAAGAAUCAAUCGCCAGUCCGGAGGGUCGAACAUUCGAUGGAUCGGUAGCGGAAGAGUCCUCACCAUCCAGAGAGCCACCAAUCGAGGAUAUCUCAGAAGAAUCCGACCAUCUAACAGGGCGGGAGCUGACCCAGCAAUUGUCUCUUGAUGAAUCGCUUCACACUUCCAGGGCUUCAUCACUUCAGUGGCCGCCUGCAACGUCGAAUUAUGAUAAUUCUUUCGUGCUCGGCGAUAUCCCUGGUUCUCCUGCGCGAACAAAGGACAUCAGCAACCCACAACUAGAAGACUUAGAACUCUCCUCAUUCCUAGGGACAAUUGGGAACUCUUCUUCAGUGCCGAACCUACCAGGUAUUCCCGGGGCCUCAACCCUCAGCGGAGCCGAUGCCUUGCGUAUCCUGCACCCCUUUCCACCACCAGCCAUUUGUUCUUCAGUCGCCGUACCGGCCCCAGCUUCCUUCGAUGAGCCAUCGGGCACUAGCUCUCUUAUUCUGUAUCCUGCAAUUGUGCCAUCCGGACCACCUACAGUUCUACGUGUAUCUCUGGCUCAUCUGCUCACUGGACCACCAAGUCAACCAUCACAGUCGGUCGACGAGCAGUCUACCUUUCUAGCACAGAAACAUGCUCACUGGGCGUUCCCUGUGUUAACAUUCGAUCAGGUCGACACGAUUAUAAAGGAUAUCAAGAAUUCUCUGAGACACCUGGGUGCAGCGUGUUAA